AUGCAAUGUUCCGCGUAUAACUUGCCCAAGGAAGUGUGGUUAGUGGUCUUUGAAUACCUAGAGUACGACGAUCUUCUACGCCUCAGAACUUGUUCACAUAAAUUUAAUGAUUUAGUGAAAAUUCAAUGGGUUUGGGGAGCCAGAUGCCACAAACGAUGGCUUCAGGUUGAAGAUGAGGACUUUCUGGCAUCGCAGCUGACUAAUGGCACUCGCGGUUGCUCAAAGGAUGAUUGGUUCUAUUAUUAUAGGUACAGAAAUCGUGUGGACAAGCACACAUUCAACACCUUGUGUUUAAUCGCCGCUUGUAAGCAAAUCGGUAGCUACAAAAACAGAUUAGAGAACUUAUUGAAAUACGGCGCUUUGAUCGUCCCUUUGCUACGAGAUUUGGAGCUUAGGGGCUACAGUAAUAAUUUGCCAUUCGACGUUACCUUUUUGGCUCGGCAACUGCUAUUGACAAUGCGACAUAAAAGUUUAUUUGCAUUCAUUGAAUCUUCUAUUGCUAGUAAAGCCAACCAGUGGGUACAUUAUGCCGAAGAGUCGGUUUUUUUACCUCUAGCAGCCAUGGAUUUGGCCUUCAACCGAAUUUUACCACACAGGGCCAAAAUAAUACAACAGGUACACUCAAUGGUUAAGCACGACUUUCAGGAUUUAUCCGAGUUUAUGCAACUACCGUCCACAUUGAGACUGGAUAAAAUUAUGAAGUACUUGUUUCAGGCUCUCAACGGCGCAAGACAGGAACAUUUACGCCAAGCUACAAGAUACUAUUUGGACGACUUCAUGCUGUUGCGCGUUUAUGCCGGGGAGGCGAGAGGACACUCCAUAGUACUGCUUGCCAUUAUACAGGCCGUAUCCUCUCACUAUAACGUUGAAACCGUACUUUGUGAAGAGUUUCUAAUAGUUCGUGAUUCGCGGAUUCGUAGCGGAGAGACAUAUGUUACGAUAUCUGUCGCGGGAGCCCCCAGGAUAUUCACUCGCAAAAAUCUAGUUGACUCCAUGUGCCGCGUUUUCCCGGACAGACAAGUUGUUCUUAACUCUAUAAUACCAAAAAUGCUGCAACCGUUGCGGACUCACGACCUAAUGUUCAAGAUCUUUGACGAGUGGUCUCCGCAUUGUAAGAAAAGCUAUUGGAAUGUUGUGUCAGAAAAAAGCAUCAAAAAUUUAGAAGCCCUCAUGCCUCAUAGCAGAUUUCCAGUGCGGGUCUCGGACUAUGAGUACUUCCAGGCUUUUUGGAAACUUAAAAUUGCUUCGAUUCAAAGACAGUUCCGAAAUUUAGGCGGUGCUCAUUUUUUACAGUUCGUGGAGCUUCAGUAUCCCCACGAUACUAUUUUAAUAGGUUCCGCCUUAAAUCGGCCGCAUCAAGAUGGAGAUAGUAAUUUCUUGGGUGGGCCACAAAACUUCAAACCAUUAUACGAGAAAUACUCUUUGAGCAAGAGCCCCUCGCCUCUUCUUGGUAGAAUAGUUUGCGAUAGGAGAAUCGCGACUAAGUAUAUUGUUUUGGCAGCGAAGAUUGCGGAGAAUGGAUCACAUUACCUCAAUUUAUUAGACCCAUUUGGAGAUGUUCAUGUUCUACUCAGGGAAGACGUUGAAGUUGCCGAUGGUCAAAUACUGUCUCCACAAGACGUUCAGCAUCUAGUACAUUUACUGUCACUGUCAGAUUUAGGAUUGUUCUUUUCCAAAUUCGACACACAAAGUAAUGCAUUUCAACCAAGUCAAAUGUUUGCGACUUAUUUGGCAGAUAAAAACGAAGAGAAUUAG